AUGUCUGGUCUUUGGGGGAAAUUGGCUUGUCUUCGAAGCCCAGUGGGGCGCAGAACCGUCACAUAUCUGCACAGUGGAAACAGAGUCCGGGGUCUGAAGAGGGACCCUAGCGAGUACUUGAGGCUUCCCAGUGGCCUUUUAUAUACCGAAGUCGAACCCCAAACAUACCAAGAGGCUGUACGCUCACAGUUGAACCUAAAGAGCAAUGAUAUUACGCUUUCAGAUGACCUGAUCUUACAAUGCCUGACACACAAAUCAUUUGCCCACGGUGGUAAGCCAUAUAAUGAGAAAUUGGCACUACUUGGGGCUCAGUACCUCAAGUAUCGUGCCUCGGUGCACUCGCUGAAAAGCAGCUCGUCUGCCUCGGCUCAAAAUGAACAGAAACCAAUUAAUGGGCUCAAUUUUACAAACCUCGGAUCUCAGGGCUCAAAACUUCUCAUUUCUAAAAAAGCAACGGCCGAAGUCAUCAGGAAAAGGCAAUUGGAUUCUUUGAUUUUUUGGAAAAAAAGGGAUCCACUGCAAAAUGAGGUCUAUAAUGGGGAGGCCACUGUUUUAUCCAGUGUCUUAAAUGCUUUCAUUGGCGGCAUAUUAAUCACAAAUGGUCCUGAAAAGACAUCUGAAUAUAUUCAAAAUGAGUUUUUGAACCCUUCUAAAGAGGCCUCUCUGAUACGCAUCACCGACUCCAUGGUAUGA